GGGCUGGGGCUGGGGGCUGCCCCGCUGCCCCUGGCCCUGUGGGUGGGGGUGGCCGCGCUGUGCGGAGUGGCCGCGCUGCUGGUGAAGGUCUCGGGGCUGCUCAGCAGGAGAUGGCGGCAGCACAGAGCGCUCCUGCCCUUCCCCGGUCCCCACAGGCACUGGCUGCUCGGGCACCUGCAGGAGUUCUCUCAUGAUGGGACAGAUUUGGCCAAGUGUGUGAUUUGGGCCAACACCUACCCCUACGCUUUCCCGCUGUGGUUCGGCCCAUUCAUCGCCUUCCUGAACAUCUGCCACCCGGAUUAUGUGAAGACCGUCCUCAACAGCUCGGAGCCAAAGGAUGAUAUAGUUUACCAGUUCCUUGUCCCGUGGAUUGGUGAUGGUUUGCUGGUGAGCAAUGGGCAGAAGUGGUUCCGGCAUCGCCGACUGCUGACUCGUGGCUUUCACUUCGACAUCUUAAAGCCCUACGUCAAGGUGAUGGCGGAUUCCACCAAAAUCAUGCUGGACAAAUGGGAGAGGCUCUGCUGCGAGUCCGGCUCGCUGGAGAUUUACCAACAUGUCAGCCUCCUGACACUGGACAACAUUAUGAGAUGUGCCUUCAGUUAUCAGAGCAACUGUCAGACCUUGAGUAACAACUCGUACAUCCAGGCAGUGUAUGAGCUCACCUACUUGUGCAACCAUCGCUUCCACACGUUUCCCUAUCACAGUAACCUCAUCUUCCACCUCAGCCCCCAUGGUUACCGUUUCCGCAAGGCCUGCCGACUCGCCCACAGACACACCGACGAGGUGAUACGGCAGAGGAAGGAGGCGCUGCGGUCGGAGAAAGAGCUGGAGAAGAUCAGUGGCAAACGGUACCUGGAUUUCCUGGACAUCCUGCUGUGCACACAGGAUGAGGAAGGAAAGGGCUUGUCAGAUGAGGAGAUUCGGGCUGAGGUGGACACCUUCAUGUUUGAAGGUCACGACACGACAGCGAGUGGGAUCUCGUGGAUUCUCCACACGCUGGCUAAUCACCCCCAGCACCAGGACCUGUGCCGGGCUGAGAUACAGCAGGUACUGCAGGGGCGACAACACAUCGACUGGGAAUCUUUGGGAAAGCUGCCGUACACCACCAUGUGCAUCAAAGAGUGUCUGAGGCUUUACCCCCCUGUGCCUGGCAUCUCCCGCAGACUGACCAAACCUGUCCACUUCCCCGACGGCAGGGCACUCCCUGCAGGUUCUUUGGUCGGGGUCAGUGUGUACUGUCUCCAUAGAAACGCCUCAGUCUGGGAGAAUCCAGAGAUCUUUGAUCCUUUAAGGUUUUCCCCGGAAAAUUCCAUGAACAGGCACUCGCAUGCCUUCAUUCCGUUCUCCGCAGGACAGAGGAACUGCAUUGGGCAGCAAUUUGCGAUGAACGAGAUGAAGAUUGUGACGGCGCUGACACUUAGCAGGUUCCAGCUCGCGGUGGAUGAGGCGAAGCUGCCUUCUGCCAUCCCCCAACUUGUGCUGCGCUCGGUGAAUGGCAUCCACCUGAUCCUCAGUCCCCUGGCCUGAGGUGGGGGAGAGAGGGGGAGAGGGGCGAGAGAGAGAGAGAGAGAGGGG